AUGCUCCUGGUGUCCUAUUUCUUCACCCAGAUGGAGUUGGAGAGCCAGGUUCUUCAAAGUACCUUCAUGGCCUUCGGCGGCUCCAUGGCAACGUCCCUCCUGGCCGUGGCCUUCUUUACACAGAAUGUGGUCAUUGCCUUCUACGUUUGUCUGAACAUCUUCCUCGUGGUCGGCGUUCUGGCUGGCUUCCUGCUCUACUGGAUGGAAUAUCAGUUCGGAGUGGUGGAGGCCAUCGGUGCCACCAUCUUCGUCGGCUUGAGUGUGGACUACUGCUUGCACCUGGCCCACGCCUACAACGAGGCCAAUCUCAAGACGUCACUGAAGAAGAUGCAGCGAACGCUGAUCGUCAUAGGACCUUCCAUCAUGGGUGGCGCCGUGACCACCAUCGCCGGAACUGCCUUCCUGCUCCCGUGCAGGAUGAUUCUCUUCCAGAAGUUAGGUUGGACGCUCUUCGCAAACUCAAUCGUCUCCGUCUUCUUCACUUUUACCUUCCUGACGCCCCUGUUUAUCAUCCUCGGACCUACAGGGACGACCGGUACGCUUUUCUGCUUCCCUUGCCUGAGGCGCUUCGCGCCCGAUGAGAAUCACCCAUCCAGGAGGCAUGGCGGCGGUGGCCUGCAUGAUGCUGCCGCAUUUCCCGAUUCACCUCGGGCUAUGGACGAGGAGGCACCAAACAUCCCGGAAACGAUUCUGGAGGAAGAGGAUGUGACGCCCUAUUCGGGCGUGGCGCCCCUGCCAACGUCGUCGGAACACCCGACGGAUGCAAUGGAGGCGGUGGAGUCGCGUCGCUCCUCUCUCUCUUCCGACAUCCAGCAGAGCGAAACUCUCUAG